UCUUGCUGCUGCCAGGUCCAGAGUGUGUCAUGGGUCCCUGUACGGCCUCCCAUUGCUGCUGUCUCCAUCGCCCACACUCUGCCAUGUGCCACUUUCAGGUCUCCUCACACUGCUGGUGGGUUCCAUUUUGUCAUAGGGUGCUGGCAGAUUAACGGGCCUUCCAUUGCUGCUGCCAGGCCCGUAAUCUGCCAUGGGCCCCCGUACCGACUCCUCAUGCUGCUGCCAGGUCCAGAGUGUGUCAUGGGUCCCUGUACGGCCUCCCAUUGCUGCUGUCUCCAUCGCCACACUCUGCCAUGUGCCACUUUCAGGUCUCCUCACACUGCUGGUGGGUUCCAUUUUUUC